AUGAGUUGGCGAGACCGCACCAAUCUCUACAUCUCCUACCGCCAAUCCUACGCCCACCACCCAACCAAACGACGCUUCGACGGCGGCGCAUCAAAUGGCUUCGCGCACCCCUCCGGCGACGACACUCGCGGCCUGCUCUCCACCGGAGCCUACGACGACAACAAUGAUACCAUCAUCGAAAUGGAUCUCCUCCCCCCACGCUGGAUCGACAUCCAAGACGAAGUCUCCUCCACUCUCAACUCCAUCACCCUCGCGUCCUCCCAACUCGACAAGCUGCACGCCAAACACGUCCUUCCGGGAUUCGACGACGAGCACAUCAAGCAGGCUGAAGAGCGCGAGAUCGAGCAGUUGACCCAACAGAUCACGCGCGGGUUCCAUAAUUGCCACAAGGCGAUCAAGCGGAUAGAGGCGAUGGUCAAGGAGGCGAAAGAGGCGGGCGGGCUGAACAAAGGGGACGAGACUAUGGCAGCGAAUAUACGAAUUGCGCUGGCGGCGAGGGUGCAGGAGGUUAGUGCGGUGUUUCGGAAGAAGCAGAGUAAUUAUUUGAAUAAGUUAAGGCAAUUGGGCGGGUUCGAGUCACCUGCAGGCAUUGGGAGGGCAGGGACGCCGGUGCCCGCGCAGAAUCCCUACACAGACCCUGCGUUAAUGGAGUCAGAUGCGGAUAAGAGUUUGAGUCAGUCGACUCUGCAGCAGACCUCGGCCAUGAAGAUGCGACAUGGCAAUAACGAUGUGGUUAUUGCGCAGCGGGAACAGGAGAUCAACGAUAUCGCAAAAGGCAUCAUUGAGCUGGCCGACAUUUUCCGGGAUCUGCAGGCUAUGGUCAUUGAUCAGGGUACGAUGCUCGAUCGGAUCGACUAUAAUGUUGAGCGUAUGGCGACGGACGUCAAGGGUGCCGAGAAGGAAUUGGUGAUUGCCACGAAUUAUCAGAGGCGGAACACGAAGCGGAAGAUCCUGCUGCUCCUUUUGCUGCUGGUCAUUGGUAUGUUCAUUGUCUUGUUGAUCAAGCCGAAGAAACAACAGUCGAGCCCGCCGGCAGCGAUUGAGCCUCCUGCGGCAGCGCCACCUUGA